UGGAACCUCACCUUGGACUUUCCACCUCAAUCUUUCAGGUCAAUCUUCCAAUCCAGUCCCUUCCUCCCGCCUGACCCCUUCUCUCUCCCCCCUCAAUCCCGACAAGACGACAACUGGCAUCCCUAGUCUCGAGGGAUAGAAUCCAUACAGCUCGUCUCCAUUAUCUCUGCAUUAGCUUGCAGAGUCGACAGCCGCGAGCUAUCUCGACACUUCACCAUGGCCGACAUUGAGAGCGUCGACGUCCCCAAGGCUGAGGAGCAGGAUCCUCAGCUCGUAGAGGAACAGGAGGAGCAGCCCGACGACACGGCCAUCGAGUCUGCCUCGGACGCGCCAAAGGAAGAAGACCAGGAGGCCACCCCGAUCCCUUCGUCGCCCGACGCCAGCGCAUCCGAGGCUCCCAAGCCAGCGGCCAAGGCCAAUGGUGAGGCCAAGCCCACGACAACCUCUACUGUCAGGCGUCCCGCAGGUGCAACUACUGGCACUGUCCGCCGACCUGGUACUACAACCACGACCCCCUCGAGGACGGCUGGCACGACAGCAACAGCUCGUGCGACAGGUGGUUUGAGCAAGCCCCCGACGCGCCCUCCCACGACAUCCACGACAGGUGUGCGCCGCCCCACGACGGCUACCUCGACCACGUCGUCCCACCGCAGCCGUCCGAGCGUCAGCGCCAGUGAAGAUGAGCGCAAACCUGCUGCUUCGACCACCACUGCCCGCCGCACCAGCAGCAUCAUGACGAGCCCUGCCAAGCCGACUGCUACCCGAACACCUGCUGGUACGACCGCUUCGGCGCGCAAGCCUGCUGCGGGCACGACGUCGUCCACGACAUCAUCGAGAACGACGCCAGCCCCCAGGACGGCCACAGCCGGCGCAGCGAGGACUGCAACCACCCGCGCUCCUGGGACCACUGCCUCGGCUACCGAACCCAAGAAGCGCCUGUCGACUGUCGGUGCUACACCAACCAUGCGCACGGCAUCGCGACCUACUACCGCUUCCUCCGAUGCGGCCAAGGAAAUUGAUGAACUCAAGUCCAAGGUCGCUGAGGGUGAGACUGAGAUUGAGAACCUCAAGGCCCAGAUCAAGACAUCCGAGGAGAAGCUCGCCGAGCUGAGCGAGAAGCAAAACGCUCAGCCCACCGAGGAACUCCAGGAUGCGACCCGCAAGGAGGGUGAAGAAGCCAUUGCUAGCCUCAAGUCUGAGCACGAGGCUGCCGUCGCCGCUCUCGAGUCGCAGGUGGCCGAGACUAGCUCCCAGCUCCAGGCUGCUCAAGCCGAGGUUGAGCAGCACAAGGCCGACCUCGCUGCCGCGCAGGGCUCCAAAGACGCGCUGCAAGCGGAGCUCGAUGCUGUCAAGCAAUCGCUCGAAACACUGCAGACUGAGAACGACGAGAAGCUCAAGGCUGCCGAGGCUGCUCUGAAAGAGGCGCGAGACGAGCAAGCUGCCAAGGUCGAGGAGCUCACCGCUUCCUUGAACCAGGAGCACCAGGCUGCUGUGGAGGCUCUCGAGUCCAAGCACAAGGAAGAGCUUGCGCGGGACCAGUCGGAUGCGUCGUCCCAUGAGACUGCCAUGGCUGAGCUCAAGUCGAGCCAUGAAGCUGCCCUCGCAGAGCUACGGAAGAAGAUUGACGAGCUUACCGCUUCUCAGUCCGCUGUCGAGGCGGCCAGCGAGGAGAAGGUUAAGGCCGAGAGUGAGGCUCACCUUGCCAAAGUAACUGCCCUCGAGGGCGAGAUUGCUGAGCUCAAGGCCAAGGCGGAGAGCGCCGAGGCCGCCGCUGAGGACGCCAAGUCGCAGCUGGAGUCUGGAAGUGGCGAUGUCGGCAAGUUGCAGAUGGCCUUGGCCGAGAAGGAGGACGAGCUCGCUGCUGCCAAAGACGAGCUCUCCAAGGUCAAGGAGGAGAUAUCAGCCUGCCAAGCUCAGCUCGCUGAGGCGCAAGCUAGCCUCGCCGACAAGGAGAAGGAGAUUGCCGAGAUCAAGGAUAAGCACGAGGCACGCAUGCUGCAGCUCAGCAAGGACUACGAGGCCGAGAUUGAUGAAGCCAAAGCAGAGCCACACUUCAAGCGUCAGUUCGAGGCUCUGGAGCUCAAGCACAAUGACCUGGACAAGAGCUUUGCCGAAGCCAAGGAAAGUCACUCGGCGGCCAUCGCAGCAGCCAAGGCUGAGCACGAGAGCGCUCUGGCCGCCCUUGAGACCAAGGAGAUCGAGCACCAGAAGGCUCUUGAUGCUCUUCGUGCCAGUCAUGCCGAGGAGCUGGAAAGUGCCAAGACCGGCGCCACCAGCGACAAGGAGACCCAUUUGGCCGAGAUUGACGCCCUGAAGAAGCAGCACAGCGAACAGCUGGAGAUCCUCAAGAAGGAAAGUGAGUCGAAUUUGACCAAGGAGCUCGAAGCGCUGCAGGCCUCCCAUGCCGAGGUACUGCAAGCCAUCGAGAAGGACAGCGAAGGCGAGAAGCAGAGACUGCUGGAGAACCACCAGGCUGAGCUGGCCUCGGCCAAGACAGCUGGCGAUAGUGCGCACGCUGAGGCGCUCAAGAAGCUUCAGGACGAGCACGCCGCCAGCAGCGAGAGCGCCAAAAGCGCCCAUGCUGCUGAGCUGGAGAAGGCAGUGGCAGAGGCUGCUGCCUCGCGUGAGGCCGGCGAGGCCCACGCCAGCGAGAUGGAGAAGCUACGUGCCGAGCUUGCGGCGGCCAAGGACGCCAGCGCGGCCGCCGAGAGCGCUGAAGUUGCUGCUCUGAAGCAACAGCUCGAGGCUGCCCACGCGGAACUGGAGAACUUCAAGGCAGAGACCGAGAUGGCCAUUGAGCGGGCCGUCGAGAGCUCCACGGUCGAGCUGGAGGAGAAGCACAACAGCGUGGUUGAGCAGCUCAUCAACCAGAACGCCGAGGCUCUUGACAAGUACAAGACGGAGCGGUCGGACUAUGGCAAGGAGCUUGAGGCUAUGACGGCGUCGCACUCCCAGGCCCUCCAGGACGCCAUCACUGAGUACAGCCAGCGCAGCGACUCGCUGCAGGAGCAGCUCAAGGAGGCUUCACUGGCCCGCGACGCUCUGGCAGAGCAGCUGCAGACCGUCCAAGAGACUCUCGACAGCUCCAACGAGGAGAUCAACAGCCUGAGCCAGCAGCUUGCGCACGAGAAGAUGGAGCGCAUGACUGCGCUGGCGGAGCUAGAUGCUGCCAAGAGCGCGAAGCCCGACACGAGCGAGUUGGAUCGCCUGAGGCAGCAGCUGUCGACGGCCGAAAAGUCCCACGGCGAUGCCCUGGCUUCGCGCGACGAGGAGCUCUCUGCCGCCAAGGCCUCUCUCGAGGCAGCCCAGGAGCAGCUCUCGUCCGUGACAGAGGACCUCGAGCUCGUGAAGAAGGAUCUCGAGGCCCACCGCGCCGAGGCCGAGGCCAAGUCGAUGACGGCCCAGGCAGACUACAAGGACCUGAAUGAGAGCAUGACGAGCAUGGUGGAGGAUGCGCAGAACAAGGUCAAGCUCAUGCAGACGGAGCUCGACGAAGCCAACAAGAAGGUGGGCGACUUUGAGAGGAAGCUUGAGGAGCUGGAUACCCAGCUCAAGGUCAAGGACGCCGAGAUUGCCGAGGCAAAGGCAAAUGCCCCCUCAAAGGCUAAGGGCCUUGCGGACAGCCGUUUUGCCAACGAUGACGAUGACGACAAGGCCGAAGGUGAGGACGAGACCGAUCACGACUCUGCUGCGUUAGCCUUGCUAAGUAAGGCCCGCGUGACGGCGAAACAGAUGGACGCCCUCAAUCGUGAGGUGGGGGAGCGCAACUUGAGGGCGCUGGGCUCCAUCACGAACUGGUCGCAACAACCAACGAAGACGAUGUGAUCUGUGUGCGUGUGUAUAUUAUGUCAAAUAAUUGUUAAUACCCCCCGGCGCUGUUUGUGCGCUUGUAUCUACUUCUUUACUUCUCUGCCUGCGCUGUGUUCUUUGAGGUGUUCGACGUCAGCAUUGGAGAAAGAUACCCCCCCUUUUGUUCUGACAU